AUGCAUAGAAAGAAGACGUUUCCUAGGCGUCUUCUCCCUUGUGAUAUAGCUUCAGGGAACGGAUCCUUUGGCACGGCCUUAACCAAGGAUCAGAUAGAGAAGCAAUUCGCACAAAAAAAAAGCAUGUUAGUGAAGGCUGCAAGGUCUCGUGAGUUGCUUCACAAUAUCCGCGUUCAUACGGGAUCGAAUUUGUUCGCGUCGUUUUUAGUUCGAGUCUUAACCACGUUCUCUUCCUGGAUCCCUAAUCUUGCAUCUGGGUCGCUUCGUCUCCUGUCUCCGUUUCUGUUCCCAAUCGAAAUUCCUGCACGUUUUUUCUCGAAUCUUGAGGGUUGCAUUCCGCAGACGGAAAAGACUCGAAGAGCCGUUUCCAUUGAGCCCAGAAUCAUGUCAGGGCAACGCGUGAUGAGCAAUCCGCACCAUACCCUAAGUCUCCUCAAUCAACGAAAGGAGCAGCUUCAGGAAGAGCUUCGCACGGUUGAAAAGCAGUUGUACGAUUUGGAGACCACAUACCUGCACGAUUCGAGCCAAUGCGGCAAUGUGCUGAAAGGCUUCGAGGGUUUUCUUUCAUCUAUGAAAGGGUCUGGCAACCUGAAACGGCCGCGAAAAUUUCAACCUGAAGAUCGCCUUUUCUCUCUAUCGUCCGUGACUUCGCCGGUGGUGGAGGAGUUAUCUGGAGGAGGGCGUGAUGCAGAUGGAAAGCUCGACAGCGGCGGUCCUGGGCGCAGCAAGUCAAACGGGUUAUUUGUAAAUGGACCCGGAAAGCAGAAGCGUGGCCGAACUGGACCGAGAGAAGGCAAGCGAAUUAAGCAAGUCACUGAUCAUGGGCAAGAUGAAGAGGAUGAAGUUGACGGUUUCCUUAAAUAGUACUGCUCAAAUGACUUUGUGUUAUAGCACUGAAUGUAGAAUGCAUAUAUAUAUAUAUAUAUAUAUAUAUAUAUAUAUAUAUAUCUUUUAGAGUUAGCUCACUUCAUUACUCGAAACCAUACGCAUCUUCGACAUGUUUACUUUAAAGGGAAGAUCUUGUAUUUUGAUUUGGGAGGGCACUGAAGGUUCAUUCAUCUAGUUGAAAAUAGUGAACGGAGUGGCUCAAGAACAAAGAUUUUGGUCAUCGUUCGCAAGAUAUGUAAAUCUUUUUUGUUCACUGAAGUGAGCAAACGCUCUGUUGUAUAUUGUUGAAAUUGCAUAAUCUGCACAUAUUGUGGACCAAA